CAACCGCACACUUUCGUCGAGCAAGUCAUGCGUCCUUCCGCGGUCGUCUCGACCAUCUUCGCGCUGUGCUGCUGCAUGGGCCUCUCGCAGGCGGAGAUCAUCAACAAGUCGGUCAAGCGCAGCUGGGACCUGACACGCCACGUGGCCAAGAGCCAAGUGGACAUCACGUUCGCUGACGAUACGGCGUCGGUCAAGACGUACGAAGUCGCGAUCCCGCUCUACCUGGACGAGCAUUUGGCGCUCUUGACGGCCAAGGCCGAUAAGAACGUAGCGCUCGACGUUGUCAAGGGCAAGCUCGACGCGACCAAGCAGGCGCAGCUCUACACGGUGCACUUGAAGUCGCCGAUUGCCAAGGGCGACGAAGGCUCCUUGAAGAUCAUUUCGCACUACAGCCGCGUCAUGGUGCCGUACCCGGCCGAAAUCACGCAGGCCGAGGACCAGCUCGUCAUGUUCACGGCGCAGCACUUGUUCUUGUCGCCGUACGCGACGACGACGCAGACGACGCGCGUCAAGCUCGCAUCCAGCCGCGUCGAGCAGUACUCGGAGUUCGCGCCCGUUUCGCUCAAGGGCACGACGCUCACGUAUGGUCCCUACGCGGACGUGGCGGCGUUUGGGUCGCUGGCGUUCGCCAAGUCGCUCGUCGUGCACUUCAAGAACCAUGCGCCGUUCAUGACGAUGACGUCGCUCACAAAGGAGAUCGAAGUGAGCUUGUGGGGCCGCGUGAGUACCGAGGAGGUCGUCGACUUGUCGCACUCGGGUGCUGUGCUCAAGGGCGGCUUCUCGCGCUUCGACUACAUGCAGAUGCCGUCGGCGUCGUUCCGCCAGUUCACCGCGACGCUGCCCAAGGACGUGCUCAACGUCUACUACCGCGACCAGAUUGGCAACAUCACGACGUCGCGCAUGCGCCAGACGACGUCCCGCACCGAGCUCGAGCUCAACGCGCGCUUCCCGCUCUUUGGCGGCUGGAAGACGCAGUACUACCUCGGCUACUCGGUGCCGACGCAGACGGUUCUCUUCCGGUCGGGCGAAAGCUACAAGCUCGAGAUGGACUUUUCCACGUGCAUUGACGGCGCGUCGGUCGACGACCUCACGCUCAAGGUCAUUUUGCCCGAAGGCGCGCGCAACAUCAAGGUGCACGUCCCGUUCGCCGUCGACGUCCAGGGCGAGACGACGCGCCAGACGUACCUCGACACGGCCAUGGUCGGGCGCCCCGUCGUGCUCCUCAAGAAGACCAACGUCGUCGCGCAGCACAACGUGCCCUUCACGGUCACGUUCGAGUACCCGUCGCGUUUCAUUUACCGCGAGCCGCUCCUCUUGAUCGGCGGCUUCUUCGCCUUCUUUGUCGUCUGCAUGGUGCUCUUCCGGCUGGACUUGAGCCUCACGAAGGCCGCUGUCUCGUCCGCGCCCAAGGCCAAGGUCGAAUAGAGCACAUGUCGUCGUUCUUGCAUGCGACCGUAAUUGAAACCCUUCUUCUCACGUGCA